UGUUUGUAGCAAAGAUACCGAUCUCGCUGCUGUGUGGAUUUAGCAUUUGCUGAACAACUUGUGAUAGCAAAGUACUUUCACCUGUUUUUGAACUAAUUUCGCUAACUUAUAUGCCCAGUAAAGACUAAAUCUUUAAUUUUAUUUGAACAGCUUUGAGUUGGGGGUUGUCUGUGUCCAGGUGAGGGUUUAAUUUUGUCGUUAUGAAGCUGUCCCUGCUGUAAAUGACCUGAGGCCACCGUGACUAACUGGGCGUGUUGUUCCGGUUGAAGAUGCUCUGCAGGCCGGUGAUGCUGUGAAGGCCAUGGAGACCGCAGACCAGGCCACCGAGGGCUCCCCUCUGAAGCCGGCGGGAGACGGGUCGGAGGCGGCUCCGGCGGCAGAACUGCAGAAGAAGAGCUGCAAGCGGGGAUUCUGCAGGAUGAGCCACUGGAGGACGGCGGUGUUCUUCCUCUCCCUCUUCCUCUGCCUCACCGUGGUCUUCGCCUUCUCCUUCAUCAUCCCGUGUCCUGAGCGGCCGCAGUACAAGCUCAACUGGAGCCGAAGCUUCUCCGACGCAGUGACCUACGACUUCCUGGCUCUGGACCACGCCAACAGCGACCAGGUGAUGGACGUCCUGAUCGUCAUCAGAAGCCCAGAAAGUUCUCCAAACACGUCGUGUUCUGACGAAGGCCUGACUUCGCCGUGUCUGUUCCUGCUGGCGCUGGACGGGACCAAAGGAGAGACGCUGUGGGAGCGGCCGCUGGGGGGCGAGCUGGACUGGGCCCAGUGCGGCCUGCGGCCUUCAUCCUGGCACUGCCUGCUGUCCCAUUCGGACAACCUGACCGCCGUCGACAAACGCACCGGUGCGGUGAUGUGGCAGCAGCCUCGGCCCUCGGUUCUGUCCGUCUCGCUGCCCGUCCUCAGUGUCCCGGAUCUGGACGGGGACCGGGUCCACGACGUGGUUCUGGUCCUGCUGAAUGACACACAGACGCAGCUGGUGCUGCUCUCCGGGCAGACGGGGGAUCGGAUCGGGUCGGAGGUCCCCAUCGGCGGCGGCGCCACGCAGAGCCACCUGCUGCACCGAACCAAAGAUGGAUUGUACUUCCUGCUGCUGCAGAGAGCCUCCGGCGUGUUCAGCCUGCCUCUCUGGGAGAUCGCAGCCAGAGCCAAACCGGGUCUGGGUCCGGAUCUGAAGCGGGACAAACACCUGGAGAAAACGGCCAGCAACACAAUGGGCCUGGUGUCCAUCUACCAAUCGGAGGCCAGACGUUUGCUGAGGACCAAAGACGGCGAUGAUUCCUCUGACCUGCUGGUUGUGUCUAGAAGAGAGGUGGCGCUGGUGGACGGACCGUCCUUGAAGCGACGAUGGAGAUUCAACACCAGCUCCAGCGGGGGGUUUCCGUCCUUCGGUCACUUUAACAGAGACGACGUUCUUGAUCCGGUGGUUGAAGUUGAAGAUGAUGAUGUCAGAAACUCCACUAAGGUCGCCAUCUUGGACGGAGGGACCGGCGGUCUGCUGUGGGAGGAGCAGCUGCAGCCCGGCGCCGGCCCCCUCCGACCCGACGCCGUCCACACCACCAACUCGCUGUCCGUCUUCAUGUUCUGGGGCCUGAUUCGGUCCGGGUCCAACUCAUCGGAGGAGUCUGGCGGUUCCCCGUGCUCCUACAUGCUGCACCCGCUCUACCCGGACGUCCUGCUGGAGUUCAGCCACGGCGAGGAGCGCAUCGUCGCCUUCAGAGCCACUCUGAUGGAGCGCAGUCGCCACGCCGCCUACUUCCUGCUGACUGGGCCGGAGGCGGGUGAGGCGGGCGGCACCGUGGUUCUCACCAAGCGGAAGCUGAAGCAGGACGUCCCAUUGUGCAGCGUCCGCCACAUCAGGACCAGCCAGCAGCACAGCGACGCCGAAGUCCGGGAAGCGUUUUACCGCCUGCGCUUCAGGAGCGACUAGCGAAACAUGGCCGCCGACUGGCAAAACAUGGCCGCCAACUGGCGACUGUUCCUCACUACAAAUCCAAAGCUCUUACUUUAUCACGAGCCAAAGAAAGUCCUUCCUACUUUACUUUAACUGGAAAGAUUCUUCCUGACACCUGGACAGGUGAAGGUGACGUUACCAUGACGACGUAUUACGGCAAUUAGAGAUAGAAAAAAAAAUUCUUACAUUUCAUACAUUUUGCAGAAAGUACUUGGAAAUUUCAGUGUUUGAAAAGUUUAAAAUAUGCUAGAAAAAUAAAUUAUUUUGAGAUUAACCUUAGAAAGUUUCUAGAGAGUGAAAUGUGUGCGUUGGACGAGUCAAAACGUUUCUAGAAAAAGCUCAAAUUCUGUAGAAAAACCUGGAAAUUUCUGAGGUUCAAACUCAGAAAUUCCACCUUUUUUCUCAGAAAUUUCUGAAAUUAAACUUUUUUUUUAAAGAAAAUUUUACUUUUUAAGCUAAAAUUUUCGAAUUUUCUUCUAGAAAAUUUCUGAGAUUAAUCUAGAAGUUUGAUGGUUUUUUCUAGAGAUUUCCUAAAUAAUUUUCUACCCAUACUGUCUCUGAUGCGGCCGAACGUCGGCGUCCAAUCAGAACUGUUGAACAGCUGCUGCGAACACAAACCCGCUGAAACUCGUCUUAACUGAACCAGAUCCGAUCCAAGCGGGACGAUUUUCACCUCUAUGCAUGAACAUUUGCAUAUGCCGUUUUUUGCUUUUAGCCGCAGAGGCCUUAAAGGAGACAUGUCAUGUCGGCCUUUAAACUCUUUCAUUUGUUGCGACUCAGCAGGAAACGGAGCGACUGGUUCUGAUUCAGACCAGAACCAAACCAACACUAACAAACACUUAAAUGCUGUUAAUUUGCUGUCAGUUUAGACAUGAAUGUUACGUGUUGAAUCCAAGAUGCUGGAAGUUUUACGGUCUGCAGGACUAGAGCUGAAACUUUAUUAAUCAUUUAUGAAACAUCACUGUGGUUCAUGACAUCUGCUGUCUAGUUUCAGAAACUUUCCUCCUCAUAACGAGUGAAAACAGAAACUCUUGGCUGUAGAUUUUCUUGCUUUGAACGUUUGGAGUUGAUUUAUUUGAUAAAAUGUCUGUAUUGAAUAAAUUACUUUUUUAAAUAAAGACUUCAGUUUGAAAUGUG